CGAACCUCCAUUCUACCUUUCAAGGUCAUCUUUUUCUCCGAGGUUGUCUUUUUUUUUUGCAUUGAACUGAAGUUUAUUCAACUGGCCGACCAUCGACGGUUCCGGCGCGUGCUCUCCACGUUCGACAAGCGCUGAACAGUACUGCGUAGUCCGUCCUGGCCCACUUCGGUUGGUUUUUCCGGGCAACGAAGGCCUGUGGAUGUUUACAGGUAAGCCAACUACAUUAAACAUCUUUUGCUAUACUGCCAUACUGACUUGCUCUUCCAUCAUCCGUCUGAGCACAUUUUUGACACAUGGUUCUUUUCCCCAAUUUGUUUUGUUCAAUCUGAUUUCUCAUUGGUUGCUUUUCCAUUUUUUUGGCACCGAUUUUUUUUUGUGACUUCAAAAGUUGA